AGACUCAUUUCAAAUUCUCGCAGGGCAGACGCAUGUCUCGAGGUGCCGGCAAUAUUUUCGCCCAUUUUCUGCACACCGUGCCUGGAUUUCUUGGCAGAUCCCAAAAAGUCCCCAUUUUCAGAACAACGGGCGAAAAGUAUAAAUGCAGAUGAGCCCGACCUACUUAAUCAAAAAAAUCAGACACAUCUGAUAUUAUCAACAUGGUGAAUGUUUUUAAUGUUCAGAUCUUCUUCGUGGUGUUCAGAGAGGCAUUAGAAGCAGUGGUUAUUGUUUCCGUGCUUCUUGCGUUCUUGAAACAAGGUCUUGGUGGUGCUGCCGAAGACCCUGUUGUUUACAAAAAACUCGUGAGACAGGUGUGGCUAGGGUCCAUACUUGGGGUUUUGGUUUGUUUGAUUCUCGGUGGUGCUUUCAUUGGUGCCUUCUAUGGCUUGGGUAAGGAUAUUUGGGCCAACUCGGAAGAUUUGUGGGAGGGUAUCUUCUGUAUUAUUGCUACUGUGUUGAUUUCCUUGAUGGGUAUUGCUAUGUUGCGUAUUAACAAGAUGAAGGAGAAGUGGAGAGUCAAGUUGGCUCAAGCUUUGGUCAAACAACCAGCCAACAAGAGGGACAGAUUUAGAAUCGGUCACAUCACCAAGAAGUACGCCAUGUUCAUCUUGCCUUUCAUCACUUGUUUGAGAGAAGGUUUGGAAGGUGUUGUCUUCGUUGGUGGUGUUGGUAUCAACCAACCUGCCUCCUCUUUCCCCAUCCCUGUCAUUACCGGUUUGCUUGCUGGUGUCUUGGUUGGUGUCAUUUUAUACUACUCAGGUUCCACCAUGUCCUUGCAAAUUUUCUUGGUCAUUUCCACCUGUAUCUUGUACCUUAUCGGUGCCGGUUUAUUCUCCAGAGGUGUUUGGUUCUUUGAAAACUACAAAUACGCCAAGCAAACUGGUGGUGAUGCUGCUGAAAAUGGUAGUGGUCCAGGUACUUACGACAUCAGCAAGUCUGUCUGGCACGUCAACUGUUGUAACCCAAUGACUGACAGUGGUUGGGAUGUUUUCAACUCCUUGUUGGGAUGGCAAAACUCUGCUACUUACGGCUCUGUCAUUUCUUACAACAUCUACUGGUUGGUUAUCAUUGCUGUUAUCUCUUUGAUGCUUUACGAGGAAAAGAACGGACACUUGCCAUUCUGCAAGAACUUGACUUUGGUUGAAUUGAACCCAAUGUACCACAUCAAGGGUAAGAAGAAGCAAAGAUUGACCAAGGCCGAACAAGAGGAAUUGUUCGAAAAGGUCAAAUUGCAAAAACUUGGUGUUGAUCACGAAGUUGUUUCUGAAUCUUCUGGCGAAAAGAAGGUACACGAUCCAACCCAAACUCACGAAAUCACUAAAUAAGCUGGUUAGAUUGAGAAUUUUGAUGCACAAACACACACACACACACACACACAUAGAUGCAUCAACUUUCUCAGGCUGUCAGCAAACACAUGGAGUAUCUUUCUUAGGGUUAUGUAUUAAUUUAAUAAUAGGUAAAAUUAAAUUCGAG